CACAUGCACUCUUAAAAUCAAUGAAUAAAUAUAGCCCGAACAAGUCAGGAAUGACACGCUGCAUUUACAGGCAAAGACAGAGACAUACACACAUCAACAUACAACAGGUAAAAUGCAUACGUAACAACACAGGGGACAUGAAACUCAGACAGAGGUGUAAACAAAAAUAGACAGAGAGAUAGAGAGAGGAGGGGGUAUCAGCGAUAGAGAAAGAGUAAGAAAGAUGAGAGUGGUGUCUGGGGUGGGAUGAUGAAAGCCUCUGGCUCUGCUCCAUCACUGACGAAAGCUGCUCAGCCCCUCAGUUGCCAUGGAGACCUGCAGGAGCAGCCAGAGAAAAAGAGUGGAUAGGGAGAUGGGAGGGGCAUGUGAGGGCGAAAUAGAGGAGAAAGAGCUGGAGGGGAGAGAUAGGCAAAGGGAGGGAUAGAGAGAGGAGAGAGAAACAUACUGCAAGCAAUUGAAGCACAGCCAGUCUGCAGAGACGGGAAAAAGCGUAAGGUACGAGAAAAUAAUGGUAAAUGUUCAGUUAGCUAUAGGUGGGUGAUAGAAAUAGAGCACGAAGUAGGAAGAUAACAGCAGACAGGAAUAUAGAGAUUCAAAAUGGAUGUACAGUCGGAGAGUAGCGAACCCUCGCCAUGCGAUCCCCAGCCUCCUGGAAAAAUCAGAAAAGCCUUCAAGCUGUUUGGGAAGCGCAAGCCAGGCAGCAUCUUCUCCAUACGUGGCAAAGGCGAGGGGAACAACAAGUCACCUAUCGCCAGGAGCAAGACAGUGGACGGAUUAAAGGAGUCUGUGGCAGCAGAGUCGGAGCUGGAGAAGGACAAGGAGCCGGAGAAGGAGCAAGAACCAGAGGUGAGUCAGAGAGAGGAGCAGGAACCAGAGGAGGAGCCCCUGGGUGAUGAUGGAAAUCCCCCCAUCCCUUCUGCCGAGCUUCCCUCCAUCUCCUCCAUCACCUCCGCCAAAUCACUCAGCUUCCUGAUGAAGCUGCAGCGCAGCCGACAAGGAGGAGUAGACCGCAGGUUCCGUACAGAGUCUCAGCCAACAAUGCGUCAGCGUCGGGGCUUGAAAGGUCUCUUCGGCAGUAUGGGAUGGAAUCAGCGAGAGGAUGCCAGCGACGAGGCCGAUACCCCUCCGAGCCCUCUCCUCAUGUCGUCCUGUACAAACAGCAUGGAGAUCAUCAAGGAGGACAUGACUUUGACACCCAGACCUGCACCUCACAGCCUGGAUGUCCCAGAACCUGAGUCUGGACAAGGGUCCCCUGUUUCUUCCAAGAGCCCCACAGUGCAGGAGAGCUCAGCCUCUAUCCCACCAGAGACAACGGCUCUCUCAGCGGCUACAUACAGUGUCACUGGAUCUAAUGAGGAUGUAGCGUCGCCUCUGCCCACCAUUGAACCACCACCGCUGGAUCCUGCUGUGGAUCGUCUGAGGUCGCUGCUUGCAGACAUCUCCUCUCUGAUAAGCUUCGACUCGCUGUCCGGAUGUGGAGACAUCACUGCUGAAGUGGAGGCAGAGUGGGGCAAAGCCAGCACCACUGUCGGAACCGGACCUGGGACCAAGGGAGCUGUGGCUGGAGAGAGUACCUCAACUACUCUUUCAGCCAAAUCUGCCCCUUCCCCUAUACCAACCCCUGCUCCUACUGCUGCUAAUUCAGCUAGUACAACCCCUAUCCCAAUGCUUACCCCUUCCUCUGCCCCUACUACCAAACCUGAACCUACCAGCUGGUCGAUAAAACCUGAACCUAACCCUAUUGUGACAACCAAACCCUCAACUAUGCCCACAACUAUCACUAGCCCUACCACCAAAUCAAGCCCCAAAACAAAAACCUCCCCUCCACCAACAACAAAAUCCACCCCAAGCCCUGCCCCUAUUGGCAUCACUGCUACCUCUACUUUCAAACCUGCUCCAGUAGUAAACUCAUCCCCACCUCCUGCUCCAGUGGUAACCUCAUCCCCACCUCCUGCUCCAGUAGUAACGUCAUCCCCACCUCCUGCUCCAAUGGUAACCUCAUCCCCACCUCCAGCACCUGUAGUAACAUCAUCUCCACCUCCUGCUCCAGUGGUAACCUCAUCCCCACUUCCACCCCCUGUAGUAACCUCAUCCCCACCUCCUGCUCCAGUGGUAACCUCAUCCCCACCUCCUGCUCCAGUAGUAACCUCAUUCCCACCUGCUCCAGUAGUAACCUCAUUCCCACCUGCUCCAGUAGUAACCUCAUCCCCACCUGCUCCAGUAGUAACCUCAUCCAAGCCAGCUCCUGUAACCACCCCAGCCACUUUUACCUUUACCCCACCACCUAAAAUUAGCUCUGCCCCAUGUCUGGAUUCCAUUACCGCACCUCCUUCCCUAACAUCCUUUUAUCCUAUGGCUGUCCUGAGCUCAGCAUUUAAAAUCCCCUUUAUCCCAGUUCCAGUGCCAGCCUCAGUCACUAGCCCUGCUCCUGUACAAACCCCCUCUUCAAUUCUAUCUGACUCAAAGGCUCCCCCUGCCCCUACUCCAACACCAAUCCCUAUGUCUAAGACUCCUCCUUUCCGUACCCCUGCCCCUAACACAACUCCAGUCCCUAUGUCUAAGACAACCCCUGUCUCUGCCCCUGCCCCAGUCCCUUCCUCUAUGCCCUCUCCUGUUCUCACCCCUCUCCCUCUGCAGGAUACACCUCUUGCCUCUGCUCAGGUGAAGGGUUGUGAGCGCAAGGCCUCUCUGAAUAGAGGAGAGGACAUGACGAGUCCAAACGGCAUGGAUGUGCAGGGUGCCUGGAAAAAUUCACCCAAGAGAGAAGAGAAAAGUCAUGUUACACAGAAUGAAAUACACAUGGUCCCCCAGGGCCCCCCCACAGAGAAGAAGACGCGCCCAGUGAGGGCAGCAGGGCUCAGUAAGAUCCCUGUCUGUGGUGGAGGCAGGAUGGGCAAGUUGCCACUCCGUGAGAGUCAGCCCACUGACCACAAGGGGUGCUGGGACCCACCUAUUACAGGGCUGGAAGAGGGGAGUCAACGCCCCAGCUUACGGCACGAAGUCAGCAAGGACACAAUUAGUAACUCCUCUACUGAAGCUGAAGUCGAGGCCAGCCUGUCCCCUGUAAAACAUAGCCCGGAGGAGAGUCGCCAGCUCCGGCAACCCACAGUCUACAGGGGUAUACCACGUGACUCCAAGAUACCUGUCAAGCUGGGAGUCCAGUGCAAUAUCCCUGUCCCCCAAGGAGCUAAGGAGCUCCCACGCUCCAAGAUACCCUUGUCCAAGGUUCCUGUCCGCAGGAUCGGCAAUAAGCUCACAGCCACCACAGCUGCCAGCACUCAAAUCAGAAAAUAAUGCUAAGAGACUGCUUCAAACUUAAACAUCCAAAUGGUUGCUUUCACUCAAAAUCAUUAUUUUAACAUUAUCACAUGGGCACCCUUUGCCCUGUAUAUUUACAAAGACAGUCCAAUAAUUGUUUUGCUCUGGUUCAUCUUCAUGACUUUCUCAAAUGGCUCUCUAUCCCACAUCGCUGAAGUCUCUUUACUUAUCCACACCAACAACAGCUUCAGAGCAACACUAACACGGAGGCUGAGGCUGAAGAACAACAACACAUCUCCCCUGGGAACCGGAGUAAUGACCAUGGCUCCCUUGUAUUGUGCCAACUUGACAGAUGCAUUCAGCCAAGGUUCAGGGCUAAUCUCAACCUGGGAUAAAAUGGUGGUUGAGGAGGACGGUCACAACAACGUUUGUUUGGGAUGUAUCAUUAAAGGGGACACGGUACGGUAGCAUACCAAGGUCAGAAGCAACAACACAUGGAGGAGAGAGAUAUUCUUAAGGGUGCUUUUUUCCUACUGACUAUCAGAGUGAAAAAUCUACUUUUUCUACAAUACUUUUUAUCUUUUGUUACUCCCUCUUUUUGAAUUACUGUCUAAAAAUCCUGUUUUCUUUUUCUUUUGAUAAGUGAUACUGUAGCCUUCGUGCCAAGAGGGUCCACGCCUCUGAAGAAACGCAACAAACAAACCAGUAUCCUGUAACAUCUCUGGAUGUACAGCAAUAUGAGCCAGACGACUCUUCCUACUUUUCUCCACGUUUUUUAUUUACACUGUGUGGAACUGUACAGACCCUGCCGGGCUGCUGCCUGCUCAAAAAUAACAAUCAAUCACACUGUGUACUUUGGGAAAGACUGUUGCCCUGGAUGGAGUUCAUUAUGGAUGGGACGGCCCCUAUGGAAGGUUUGGACAGGGGGUAAGCCUGUAUAACGGACCCUGUGGAGUUUGAGUUACACUGAGUAGAUGCUGAACGCUUCAGAUGUUGGAAGGGUGCAUCCCUUUACCCAUCCCACCAAUCUAUACCUAUUCCCCAGGUCGUUGCUGUAAAUGAUCAUGUGUUCUCAGUCAAAUUACCUGGUAAAAUAAGUAUAAAUAAAAAUAGCGGUGGUCAUGCUCAGAUGAUGACAAUAUUUGUGUUUAUACAUGAUCCAUGUUUCCUAUUUAAUCAAUAAAACAAUGUGAGUACACUGUACGUAAGUCACCCUAAAAUGA